AUGCCCCUUGAUAAAGCAUGCCUCCUCUUGUUCUCAACGUACGUAUCCUAUUUUUCUGGAAGCCAUAACCACUUCAUUAUCCUCCCCCCUCUCCGCGCAGAUCGUUGCCUCCUUCUUCCCUUCGUACUCCGACCGCCGUCGCCGCCUCCUUCUUCCCCUCGCACUCCGACCGCCCCCGCCCUCGCCGCCUCCGCCUCCGCCUCCGCCUGUUCCUUCCUCGUUGCCGUCUUCGAUCAAGGUACGUGCUUUUUCUUCUGUUACUCAUCGAACCCCACCCCGACCACUUGCUUUCCUCUGCCAGGGCCGCCACUCCAACGCCUGGUAAGCUUUUCUUCUCCGGAUUUGAAAUCGAUUUCCAUCACACAACAGAUCUCUCAACACAUCUCUGGUGCCCAUCAUCCCAAAAACUUGGUUAACCAAUAUAUCAUCUCUCUCCCACUCGACUUUCGACUCUUUAUCUCUGUUUCUUACUCAAGAAUGGGUGGAAAACUUGGUCUAGUCUUUGUUUUUUUGCUAGCUGUUGGCUUGGUAUGUGAUGCUAGAGAGUUGACUUCUACCUUUAGAAACAAGGUUUCUGCAAUUUCAGUUUUGCAAUCAAAGGCUGCAAAGAGAUUUGGAGUUUUGGGAAACGAGGGCAAAAAUGACAAUUUGUGUACUUUGUGUGAAGAAUACGCUUCUGAAGCUCUCUUUUACCUUGAACAAAACAAAACCCAAACAGAAAUCAUCUCCAUUCUUCACGAAUCUUGCGAUAAAUUACAGUCAUUAAAGAAACAGUGUAUCACUUUAGUAGAUUACUAUGCUCCUCUAUUUUUCCUUGAAAUCUCAACUGUUAAACCUGAAGACUUUUGUGGAAGAGUUGGACUUUGCAAAGAAUUUGUUGCUUAUGCUCAUGAAUUCUCAGAAAAUAGUUGUGAUGUUUGUCAUUUAGCUGUUUCAGAAGCUGUUUCUUUGUUAAAAGAUCCAGAUAAUCAGUUGGAAAUCUUGGAAUUGCUCUUGAAACAAUGCAAAUCUGUGGAGAAGUACUUACCAAAGUGUAAAUCAUUGGUAUUCGAAUAUGCGCCUUUGAUUCUUGCAAAUGCAGAGCAGUUUUUGGAGAAAGAAGACAUAUGCAGCAAGCUUCAUGCUUGUGAUUCUUAUGAACAGGUUCCUUUGAUUUCAGACAACUGAAAAUGCAAGAAAUGAAAUGGGGUUGAUGAUCUUCUUGACAUCUUGUGAUUCCUGGAAUGGGUAUUAUUGUCUUUCUCCACAAUUUGUCAUAUAUAUAUAAUUAUACUUUGUAAAUUCAUUCAGAAAACUUUAAAUUCAAACUGGAGAAUUACUUCAUUAUCAAGUAUCAACCUUGUAAGUAAAACAUUUUUCUUAUUGUUUGUGUGAUAUGAUGACUUGUUUUAAAAAAGAUCACCUUGUUCAUGGUUAUAUUGACAUGAGUUUAUAGCGUUUUCUGAGUUAUAAAGAAAUGUUUUACUAUGUGUUGUUAUAUGAUGUUUAAUGUGUGUAUAUGUACAAACGUAC